AUUUGUUGCUAUUUCUUCACGUUGGAUGAAGCUGUCAUCUACUUGGCUGGACUGAACACACACAGACUGGCAUUGUAAAGUGAAGUUACGUAAAGCACGUAUCUAGCUAUAUGUGGGCGGAUCUGUGGUAGCCAGUAGCUGGCUAGGAGAUCUCCGUCUCCGGCGUUUUAGCCAGACGGGCUAGCAAUGACGGAUAAGAUUACUCCUGCUGGGAUCUGGAUUGUGAGACACCAGACAUGAUCUUAUGGAGACCACCCUACAAGACCUGAGCUGAUUUGUCAGCCUUGUGUAGGUUUGGUUUUCACCCCUCAAGUCUCCUCUGGAUAUCAGCUGACCAUGGUGGUCUGAACAGAGGAAAGCCUGGCACAGUGUGUGUUCACUCUAACACAGCAAGGCUUGACCGAGAGAGGUGCAGAGACGGACCGAAAGCAAAGAGAGAAAAAAGUCUAUUUAAACACAACAUGUCUCAAAACAGAGAACUGGUGGCUUUCUACAUAAACUAUAAACUCUCCCAGAGAAACUAUCCUCUCAACCACAUGGGACUCAUAGAGCCUUCGAACAGGACUGAUGGGGGGCACGCAGGGUUGGUUGAGGAGGAGAGGGUAGCGACGCACGCCAACGGGACUUUGAACGGCACGAGUCCCGGGACCCCACCAGCGUCCCCGCUGCGGCAGCAACAGUUGGCGUCUACGACGAGCCUGGACGCAGUGAAAGAGGCCCUCCGGGACUCCGCCAACGAGUUUGAGCUGCGAUACGCCCGCGCCUUCAGCGAUCUGCACAACCAGCUGCACAUCACGCCAGCCACGGCCUACCAAAGCUUCGAGAACGUGAUGGAUGAGGUGUUCCGGGACGGGGUCAACUGGGGCCGCAUCGUAGGGCUUUUUGCUUUCGGCGGGGCUCUGUGCGUGGAGUGCGUGGAGAAGGAGAUGAGUCCGCUGGUGGGCAGGAUCAUUGAGUGGAUGACGGUUUACCUGGACAACCACAUUCAGCCCUGGAUCCAGAGCCAAGGAGGAUGGGAGCGCUUUGCCGAAAUCUUCGGGCAGGACGCGGCGGCAGAGAGCAGGCGGUCUCAGGAGAGUUUCAAGAAGUGGCUGCUGGCGGGUAUGACCCUGGUGACCGGAGUCGUGGUGGGCUCACUCAUCGCCCAGAAACGCCUGUGAAUGGAGCUACACGCCAACCAUCCCCAACACUCAUGACCCUCUCCACCUGCCUCCUUCACUACCCUAAUCCCACCCCAAUCUACACGCCGCGGAAGUUAAAUUGAAGUUUGUCUCGUCAGAAACGGCAGACGAUGUUUACUUUAUCCCCCCCCCCCCCACACACACACAUCCUACAUUGGACUGAGAAAUCCUUACAUGUUGAACUUUUGCGAAAAAGACGAAGAAGAGGAAGCUUCACUAGUAUUCGCGUGUUCCACCUUGAUGAAAAAUGUGCGGUUAUACAGAGACAGACAUGUUCUUUUUUUCAUUUACUGAACAAAUUUGUAUAGUUAUUUCUUUCUCCACUGGUUCUUUAUGUUUGUAUUCAUUAGUUUUAACAAAUUUUGGUUUUCCCAUUUUGGUCGUCAAAAAAGGCUUAAAGUCUCCAGCCUUCGCAGAUCUAAAGAGCCAGUGCGUUAGGAGCUUGGCUGCUCUACAUGUCUCGUCUUGAAGCUUAUUUGGAUGCUCGUCCCCCACAGACGGCUCUACGAUAGCUCUGUGUGUGCCAUAUGGAAAGUGAAAGCAGGGGAGGACGUAGCACCUUCCUCUGAGCAGCAUUUAUAGUUCCCAUUUCCUGCCAGGCAUCCUGAUCACCAACACGUAUAGUAUAAUCCAUGACUCCAUACACUGAUUGUUUUGUCUUGCCCUGUGCGUAAUUCCUAUUGUUUUUUGUGUGAAUGGUAAAUGAGAAGGAUUCAAACAUUUUAGUUAACAAAACACGGGAGUCUUAAACUAAAUAAUAGGAAACUAACUCCUCUGCUUGUUUGUGUUUGUUGGUGCGUUUUGGUUUUGGAUUUGUGAACCAUUAAACCCCACUGCUCCCGCUGGUCUGUGCUUAAUGGUCAUACUUGGCCUCGAUCUGAUCCUGUUUGUGUUUAGUCAGCCUGCCGAGUGCCAGAGCACUGCGUCGUGGCAAGUUCUCAGAAUCGGUGCAACCGCAGUUCAUCCAAGCAGGGCGCCAUGGCUCAGAGCGUCCAUGUUAACUACACAGUAGCUGAGAAAUGCAGCAAAUACCGUAGCAACACAUACAAUACAUAGAGCAGCACCGGUCACAGCGGCGCGCCCCGGACAGCGUGACAGGCGUGUACGUUGGGUAUUUGGGCGUAAAGUUGUUAUUUUGGCAACACUUUAUUUUAACCCGCCUAUUUAGCAUUUAUUAGCAGUAUAUAAACAUUUAAUAAAUGGUUUAUAAAACACUAUAAUAGUGUUUGUUAAUGUAUUUGUCAACAAUGAAACUUCUCCUAUGAUGUGUCCAUAACUGGUUAAUGAAUGAAUAAACAGUUAAUGAAUGACUGACAAGAUAACAGUUUCAAUCAUAUUUAAUGAAUACACACAUCGUUACAGUGUGAUAUUAGACAUGGAUUAACUGUGUAUACACAUGAACAAGUUUAAUACAGACCUGUUGAGCUUGAAGGGUCAUUCUUGACCUGAGAAAUAGUAAAUAAUUUAGGUCCAUGUACUACAGGGGGUUGAUGAAUAAAUAUAAUAAAGAAAUACACCAUAUUUCAGUUUACAAAAUAAAACCACUACACCCCCAAAAAAACCCGCAAAAUCUUGAUACGGAUUAGUUUUAUGUGAAAAAGAUGCAUACUCCUAUAUAAAUACUUACAUUUGAAAAAUCAGCUUGUCAGUGCUCUCUGGUGAACAAACUAUGUAAUGGUGACAAAUCUAGUUUGUCACUGAUACAGAUAUAUUUGCGAUAUAUUGUCCUGUCCAAAUUAUUAUAUAAAAUUAUAUAUCUGUUCAGAGUCCAGUUAUACACUAGAUGCCAAGUUCUAAGUCAUAAUUGUUGAAAAAAAAAAAAUACAUUAAUAAACACUUGAAAUAUCGGUGUAUUUGUUUACAACUACAUUAUAGUGUUUGAAAAAAAAAAAUGGAUUCAUAGUUUAUAGAGCUGCAAAUAAUUAGUUAGUUGAUUGAUAAGUCAAUGGCAGCAGUUUUGAUAAUUGAUUAAUAAUUAUGACAACAUUAUUAAAAAUGACAAAACAAUACAUUGAUUCCAGCUUCUUAAAUGUGAUUCUCUUAUGUUAUAUGAUUGUAAAUCAAUUUUUUUUGGGUGUUGGGAAAUGUUUCACUAUUUUCUGACUUUUUAUAGACUUAACGAUUGAGUAAUAAAAGCAAAAAAGAUGACUCGACAAUGAAACUAACCGUUAGUUUGCAGCCAUACUGGUUUGUACUGCUUAAUGGGGUUAAUAUAAAGUGUUGGAGUUAUUUCCGUGCUAAUUUUGCAAUAAAAUCCUAAUCAUGUGCUGCAAUGCUCCAACAGGAGGCUAAUGUUCCUUUAUGUGCUAACCUCGACAACCAUUCCAUAUUUUCUAACCAUUAGUCAAAUCUUACAUCUAUCAGUGACACAGUUAUUCUUCAUGUUCUCACCCGAGUGAGCAUCAUAGCCUUUUGAAGAUUGACGUAGCGAAGUGAUGAAGCAGCUGCCUUGGAGGCGACGAUUGCAGUUCUGCAUCAGAUGUUGUUUGAGUUUGAUCAUUGUCGAAAUGUGUCUGUUUACCAUCUUAAACCAAUCGGUGACUGUCAGAGGCUGUAGGACCGUAAAAGUUUACACCCAAACCUUCACAUCUCAUCUCACACACAUUCACUCCAAGUUAUCCAUGCAUUGCUUUCACAGUGACCCCCUCCCCCCCAACUUCUCCUCCUCCAUCCUCCCCAGACACCUCAAAUCUGUCAAAUCUCCAUCCGCCUCUCCUCCUCGUUCCCUCUCCAUCCAGCUCCACCUCUUCCUCUGCGAUCCCCCCCGGCUGUCACUGCACCUAGUCACGUGUGUCAGUCACAGCUGGCAACCGCUGCUCCACACAAAUGCGUCUCGGCACACACACACACACACACACGCGCAUACACGCAUACACGCCUGUAACGCACACACCUGCCAGCCUCGUGUAGUCCACGAGAGGCUGGUAGGAGACCUCGUCUUUGUUUCUGAACAUCUUUAAUUCAAAGUCGGAGGAGUGUUUGUCGCCUGGCGUUUCACGCACCAACAACUGGCAGCUCGAUUAAUUUACUGGGAAGGGAAGGAAGGUCAUCCCCUCCCAAUGCGUUAAACUUGAUCUUAUUCCAAAUGCUGUCUCCAGCUAACAACAACAGGUCCUGGGUUCUAUUCAUAUUUGUUAUAGCAGCUCAGUAAAGCACAGGACAGGCAGGUGGCAUUUCCUCAUCAAAGAAAGGUUCAGUACUAGAUUAAUUUAAAGGAUGGGACUGUAAAAAAAAAAAGGUCACCAUCACUACAUUGUAGGGAUGUAACAAUACACUCAACUCGCGAUUCGAUACAAUUUUAAGUUUAGGAUACGAUUUUCUCAUGAUUUUUUUUAACAUAAUGAGCUGCAGACAAACGACUGAAAAUGUUUCCUUUUAAUGUAUAUAAACUGUGCAAAACUACAGAUGUGUCCUCUUUUUCAAAGUGCAACUGAAAUGGUAUUUUAUCUUGAAUAACUACAUUUAAAUAAACAAUACAUAAUUAGAUUUUGAAAACAAAUCCCACAUCAAAAUCUGUAAAUAAAAAACUCUUCAAAUAAAUAAACCGAGGACACAUAGUGACGUCUGAAGUCAAACAAGUGAAAUCCAAAGUAGAUUACGCCCUAAGCCGUUUAAAAAAAUUGCAUGGCAACUUUUCACAUUUAUAUCGAUUUUGAACCGAUUCACGCUGCAUCGUUACAGCCCUACUGCAUUGUCAGCGCGAGGGUCCAGCUGCCAGCUGGACCUCCAUCCUCAUAGCUGGACUCAUCUCUCUUCGUCAGUGUCGACGUUUUCAUCCUCAUAGUUCACAGAAUCAUUUACAUACAUGGAUUUCUCUUUUGAAACGUAUUAUCCUUGAAACAAAUAUUUCACCCCAAAAAACAACUGCAUUGACGAUUGAUGAGUAUCAGCCUCUAAAUGCUUGUGUCCUGAGCAUCUUAUGAGCCGAGGUCUGCUCUCUUACAUUCCAGUACAGUAUAUAUAUAUAUAUUUUUCUAGCGGAUGCCCCACCAAGAAGCUACUCCAAGGCUUUUCUCUGCCGUCCUGGCCCUCACCUUAACAAGUUCCCUUCCUACACAUAUGUGAGUGUGUGUGUAUGUGUGUAUGUGAGUGUGCAUGCGUGUGAAUUUCUGUGUGACAAAAAUGUUCUUGAAUGAGGCACAAAUCGAGGAAGUGUCACAGCAUCGGCACGGCCCUGCAUAUAUGCUAGUUAUUUAAACUAAUUAGAAUAGUACAUUAGCUUAGUAACAUAUUUAAGAAAAUCAGAACUGAUGGCUUUUAAACAUUAUUUAUAUUUGCUGUAAAAAGCAUAAAUGUGCCCCUUUCCAAUGGCCUUAAACUCCAUCUUUGCAUUAAUAUGCAUUGUCAUUCGUUGUAGGAUUAUUGGACUGCCACUAGACAAGAAAAUGCAAAGUAAGAAAAUAUUUUCAAAAAGUUAGGUCUCUGGUGCAUUCUUGUUGGCCAUAAAGAGUACAAAAUUAAAGAUCGCAACCAUGUCCAAUCGUCUGUUUGUGUGUCUUAGAAUGACGUUGUAAAAAAAUGUAAUUACAUUGAACCUAAUAAAGCCAAUGUUGGAGGA